AUGCCCAACCCACGCACCGGCCUGCGGGUGUCCGCGCUGACCGCUGCCGCUGUCCUGCUCGCGCUGCUUGUCGGGACCCCGCUGAUCGCUUCGGGGCACCGUUGUAUCUUCGACGAGAUGCAACGCCUGCAGCUGGCGACCGGCACCAGUGCCGUCCCCGAGGUGAGGGACCGCGGGACGCCGCAGGGGCAGGGCGCGGAGCAGCACGGCAGCCCCACCGCCCCUGACUCAUGGAAGCGGAUCCGCAUCUCGGUGUUCACCGAGGACCUCGACGACAGCUCCCGCUACUGCACUCGGCCUGGGGAAAUGAAGCCUGAUUUCUCUGGCUCCAUGCUGUUAUGUGAUUCCGAUAACAUUCUCACCGACGAAAAGAAGCAACUCUUGCGUGAUCAGAUAAUCCCCAACGCAGUGCAGAUGCAUAAGGACCGCCUGCUGGUGCAGCCGAUCAGUGGCAACAUCCGUGUUAGAAACUUCAAGUGGUCCAUCUGUUCUCAGUUUACGAUUCCCCAAUCCCACCACACCACCGGUGUUCCGAAUGCCGACUUCGUACUAUAUAUUGCGCCGGGACCAAUCAAAGGUAACAUACUCGCAUGGGCACUCUUGUGCCAAGUAGACGACGAUGACCGCCCCUUGGUAGGUGUAACGAAUACUGGAUCAAUAGACCCUACUAACAUCAUUGAUUCUACACGUACCCUGACGCAUGAAAUAUCGCACGCCUUGGGAUUUGACGUCGAUUUUUUUAUUCAUAAAGAAAUGGUUAACACUGUGUCUGUUCGCAAUAAGCCACCAAGUUACGUUCUAUCUUCGCCCAAAGUGGUGGAGGUCGCUAGGAUUCAUCACGGGUGCAGCACCAUGCAGUACGUGGAGUUGGAGGACGUGGGUGGCAUGUCUGCUGGCUCACACUGGAAGAUGCGUAACGCAAAGGACGAAUUGAUGGCUCCUGUUAACGGUUCAAACUUCUACACCGCCAUCACUAUCGCGGCGAUGGAGGACACGGGCUACUACAAAGGCAACUACCGCAAUGCUGAAAACAUGGUAUGGGGUAAGAAUGCCGCCUGCCUGCUGUUUGAUAAAAACUGCGUUAGAAACGGUGUGUCGCAAGUGCCAGAAAUGUUCUGCGACAGUAUUAGUCAUUCAAAAAGUGAGUUAAAAUGCACAUCAGACCGAAUGGGUAUUGGUAACUAUAGAAUAAAUUCAGAUACUACAUUACCAACAUAUUUCCAAUAUUUUACUAAUCCAGAAAUGGGUGGAACACAUGAUUUAAUGGAUUAUUGUCCGUUCAUAAAAGCAUAUCCACAUACCGAAUGCUUAAAUGGAGAUCCAAGUACACUACCCGGAUCUGUAUUCUCAGAAUAUUCACGAUGUUUCUUCGCCCACCAAAACUCUCAGUUCAGAAUAGGUAAUCUAUUCUAA